AUGACUCUCAGCACCGAGGAAGUUAUCAACAUUGUGAUAGAUGAUGAGAAAUACACAAAGCAUGUGAACUCACAUUCGCUACCAAGCGAUGCAAAGGUAAGGAUUUUUGAGAUUCCAAAAUCUUCGUUUACCGCCUUUAGAUUGUCAUAUGCAUCUCCCGUUGAGCUCUCUCUAUCAUCUAAAGUAGUUCUGUUGGGUGGAGUUCCAGAACACUGGUAUCAAGCACAGACAGACAGCUUUAAGCGAGAGCUGUUGAAAGCGAAAACUCCAAAGGUUAGAGGAAGGGUGGACAAAUUGACCAAAUAUGGGUUAAGAGCUGUUUAUAAUUCAGAGAAUUUCGAAGAAGAAAUAUCAUCGGACCCAUGUUCUAAAGAAGGGCAAGAUAUUGAAGAGCCACAUUUUCCUGAUGUUAGUGGUCAGACUCCAGGGAAGAUCAAGCAUUCAGCCACUUCCAAUUCUGAUGGUUUCCGUCGAUUAAAAAGAAAUACGCAGCAAUCACCUUUCAUUCAGGCGGUAGAUUUUUAUCAGACACCAUCCUUUUCGAGGAGGGGCAAAUUAAAGGCUUCAAGUAAGACCUCUGGGGAUAUACCCACGAUUGCUUCCUUGAAUAAGGGGCCGCUCAGAAAGGUUCUGACACAAAUUGAUGAGUGUGAGGAAAGUUCUCCUGAUCAUAAUUUACCUGAUAGAAGUUUGAAUGAGGAUAAGGGACAGAAUGAUGCAUUGAGCGAAAAAAGUUCUGGUCGGCUUCGAAGACCGUCCACCAGUAUUUCCUCUGGGAAAAGUGAUCAUGAUUCACAUCAAGAUCGACAACUCUUAGACCAGUUGUAUCGUGAGCAAGAACUCAAUGAAAUAGAAAUGAACAAAUUGUUGAAUGGGGUUCCUCCUUCACUGAAUCAAGACACUCAAUCUACAGAUACUUACGUGUCGGCGGCAGCUGAAUCAGAUGAUGUAAGGGAGUCAAGGGAGGGUGAUCAUGGAUCUACAACAUCAGUGAUUUCCUCAUCAGCAGGUUCCACACUUUCAAUUGCAGAUGCUUCCAGACCAUAUAGACCCACCAAUUCUGUCGAUAACACAAAACAUUAUAAUUUAAACUUUAACCUGCAGGACCCUCCUUCUCAUCAGAAAAGAUCAAUUGAUCAAACUUUGAGUACACAAAAACAUAUUCAAGAUUCGAAGGAGCCGUCUGUGGUUUUUAUGAAGGCAAUGGCACUCUCAAAGGAUUAUAAGAGGUUGUCAGUUUUGAAGCCUAAUCCAGAACAAAUAUCAUCGGAUCAAAGAGGUAAACCAACUGAAUCGGAUAAGAAUUUAAGCCCUAAGGUACACAGACUUAAAUUGGAGUCCUUCAAUGAUAAACGUGAGGGGAUGGUCGCCAGAGUAAGACAAGGCUUUUCACGAAGAUAUGGUUCUCAUUCCUCUCAUUUACAUCGGGAUCGAUCAGGCCCAAUUGUAAUGAUGGACAAAAUGUUAGUUAUGGUUAAAAAUGCGAUUAGCCAAAGAAACCCAAUUGCAGAUUUUUCUGAAGCGGAACCAAUAGACACAAGGGUAACUUACAGGUGGAGGGAAUACCUAGUUGUAGCUAGACUCACGCAUCGAAAUGAUCAUCCAAUUUUGAUACAGUUUUGUCACGGGAAACAUUUCUCACAUUUGCAACGUGAUGAUGAACGUGAUGAUGGUCCUGGCAAUGGGAAUACGUUGGAUUUUUACGUGAGCAAAAAUUGCAUAGUGGGGCUUUACAAUCUUCUGGACAACACAAUCUUCAUUGAAAAACCGGACGAUAAACUUAACUCACAUACUUUGGAAGAGCUUUAUGGGGUGAAAGAUUCAGAUCUGUCGACCUUAAGGUUCUACAUUCUGAAAUGUCGUACCUUAGCGUCCACUAGUAAAUGGUAUGAUUUUUUACAAAAUGUAACGGGCAUGCCGCCUAUUUCCAAUAAAAUUUCGUUGCGAGUUCCUGAAGCUAACGUUUUGUUCACCGUGCAUUUGAACAAAGAUGCGUUGGAGCGGUUGGAUCAAAUAGAGGUGCGUGAACGUAAGACAUUGAAGAUAUCAUGUCUCCCCAGAGGUUAUUGUGUCUUCCAGAUCCCCAUACUAAGGUACCUUUCAGUAACCGUCGAUGAAAAGCUAAGAGCUGCCGGUUACAGUGAGGUAGUUAAAAGAUGGGAGGGAAUUAAUGUCAACUUAGGUUGUAAUUUUAGGCAUUAUGACAUGAUAAAUUGGUGUCCCGGAUAUCAAGGGACUUCGUUGAGAAGCUUAUCUGCUCUUUUUCAGUCACACGUGCUUGAAUUUAGACCUUAUACUUAUUAUGGAAGAAAGUUGAAUUUAACCGACGGUUCUACAUUGUUGGAACCUGCUGCAGUGGAAGGUUUCCUUCUGAAAUUGACUAAUUAUAAGGGCCUAGAUAAGAAUGUUUUAGGUAAGCCCUAUCUUAAGCCAGCUUAUUUUUUCACCAGUGAGAACUUGUUAUUUACUAUGGGGUCUAUUAAAUCCACCCCACCGGUUCCUUUGGAACUAUUAAUCUCUGCCACUGAUCAGUCUGAUGAGGAAAAAGUUAAUACAAGUCUAAAGGAUUUACCAGAAGUAUAUGAACAAAAUCCAUAUCCUCUAGACCUGGAAAGUCACAUUGAAUGGUUGAAGGACAAGUUGGAUGAAGAAGUUUUUGCCCUUAAUGACUACUAUGCCUUCAAGUGCUUUAAUAGAAGAAUUAUCCAAAUUCUGAAGUCUGAAGGUCUACUUGACAUGACAGAUAUCGAAGAGGUAUAUCAGGGAUCUAUUACUGACAUACAAUCGCAUGAGAUAAACUAUCAAAUUUAUAAUCAAGCCAGAAGUACAUUUUGGAAGGUUGAAAAAUCAUUGAAUGAAACUGCUCAGUCAUUAAUUUUCAUUCAAACAAAGGAUCGGCGUAUUAUGAAGUUGCUAGCGCCGAAUCAGACCGUCUGCAAAGAGUGGGUUACUAGGUUAAGGGCACUUGUUAAAUAUUGGAAGGAAAAGCAAGAAAGUGAUUUCAGGAAAUUGUGGAGUACUAAGGUUCAAAAUAUUAAGAAUUUGAAGAUCGAUGAAGUGGAGGAGGCUAAUAUUAAUGGUCGUACUCCUAAGUGGAUGACUGAAAGAGGAGUGACAGACCCGAGCAUAUAUAAUAUCAAUGCUCUUGCUGUGCUCCGUCCUAUCCUCCAUAGAGGCGUUUUACAUCAGAAACCCAAGAAACAUUCUGUUUUUUCCAAAUAUUGGGUGGUUCUCAUUCCUGGCUUUUUGAUUUUGUACCGCUAUUUCAGGAAGUCCAAGACUGGCUAUGUCAAAUCAUCCAUCGAUCAUGUUCAUCACAUGACAAUUCCAAUUGAGGAGUGUUACGUGUAUUCUGGUACGCUUACGGAGCUAGAUCUAAUUGAUAGGGAUAAAACUUUUGAUGAAUUUAAUCCAGGAAGUCACUCUUUGCCUCGCAUUUACGAUGAUGGUUGGACUUCCAGUGAAACUGAGACAUCGAGAUGCUUUACACUUUGGUUUGGUAAAAAAAAGAUUUUAUCCAAAUCAUCCAGAAACUUACGAGAACAGAGUGGCCAAAAUAAUAGCCCUCAGAUCUCUGACCUGAAAAAUGAGCCUGCGAGUGGUAAUUUACAGAACCCUAAUAUGAUAAAAAUGGUAAAACAACUUGGGGUCAGUGGAAGAUCUAUGGUCUUUAUGGCUAGAUCAAGACAAGAAAGAGACAUAUGGGUGCUUUCACUGCAUUAUGAACUGGAACGUUUGAUGAAUUAUAGCAGAUAG